AUGUAUGGCGGAGAUAUGGAAGUAUGGGAAGACCCUUAUGCAAAUUAUCUGUAUUAUAACAACAACGAUCAAUUGGACGAUGAAAGGAGGUAUAUUUCCGUUGUUGCACCUCCUCCGCCUCCAGGGGUUUCCCCUUCUCUAUUAAUGUCUUCGCCGAACAAACUUCAACAAAUGCAGAAUCAACAAAUGAGUAUUGCAUCCGAUUCACCAACGAAGAGAGGACAAAGCUCCUCAAAGGUUCAACCUUCUCCCCUUCGCGUUUCCAGCAAUACAGCCAUGGUAGCAAGUGGCAGUAACACUGAUUCGCAGAAAGAGAAUCAACCUAUCCAUCCCGAGGAAGAACUUCAGAUGAAUAUCGAUCCUGUACCAGCAAAGGCCGAUAAUGUAGUUCGAUUGUACGACUGGUAUAUCGGCUUGCAACCUACACAACAAGCUUUAUCGUACUACAGUGAAGCGGUAGGAAUCAAGAAAUGGAUCCAAAUCUAUGGGACCCGAUAUCGCAGCGAAGAGAAAGCUGGUUCGGAUCCAAAAGGAAAGCGAAAGGCAAACGAUAAAGGAGAGGCAUGGCAUUCUUCUUUAAUCUCCGAAAGAAUAUCAUCACAUUUGGUCAAAUCGAAAUCUGGCAAGAUUUACGAAUUGAUGGGCAAAUUUGACGAGACUUCUUCGUGUAAGAGAAAAAAUGUUUCAUCCCAUACCGCUACACAGUUUCGCAACGGGUUUCCCACGAAUUGGGCAGAUGUCGUUUGUGAAGAAGCAAGAUCUAGUGACGGUCAAAAGACUAAACCAAAGUCUCCUUCUAAACAAUCGAAUACACGAAACAAUGCAACGCACGAAAGUCCACUCCAACCUAACCCCGAAAUGAAAUCGAUCCCACAAGCACCGACCAUCUCUCAAAGACCUAAGCCACGACCUUCGGUAUCUGGAAAGCAACUUCCAGAGUCAAAAGCUCAGCCAGAAGCGCGGAAGAAGAAGAGCUUGUUCAGAGAUGACGAAGAUUCAUCAGAGAGUGAAUACCAUCCUAGCUCGGACGAUGCAGGAAAUACAAGCAGGGGGAAGGGCACGAAGGGCAAUACAGCACGCUGUGAUCCCAAGAAUGUUGACAUGUUGUCCCAGGAUGAGAGUAUGUCUAGCAGGUCAUCCUCUCCUGAGGUGAACGGUCAAAUUUCCUCACUGCAUCAAACGGAAAGUAUGCGAAGCAGAAAGCAUGGUCAAGAGGAAAGAUCAGAACAGCGUAUUCAAGCUAGAAAGUCUGAGCCAAUGCCACAACAGCGUGGGAUAAGCGCUCAAAGUUCAUCACCACCACCAGCAGAAAAGAGUGGAAAGAAAGCCAAACCGAUUCCGCGUGAAUUGCGUAAUUUGAGUAAAACAGCAUUCGGUAGGCUCACAUUGGUACAAAAUGCAAUUAUGGAACAAUUGGAACAGGAUCGAUCGGAACGUAAAAGAGCAGGUCGACAAUCCUUACCUUUGAUGCGUACAAAUGCUCCUCAAACGCCAGUUGGUCAAAUCGGUGAUAAUUCCUAUUUGAUCACCCCUAGAAGUUCUAGACGUACACGCACGCCUGUCAAACCAUGGUGGGAAGUUCAACCAACCACAAAGUCAAAGUCAAAAUCUCAAGCAAAGGUAACGGAAGCGGUAAAGCCAAAACGCUUCAAUUUGAGCUCAAGUUCUUCUUAUAGGGAAGAAGAUGAGGAAGAAGAAAUCUACGAAAAUCCACUUGCGCAUGCCAGACCAGUCAAGGGUCCAUCCCCAGAAAAGAAGUCAAGCAACAAUCAAGCUUCUAUCUUGAUAUCGAGCGACGAGGAAACUGAAGAUGACGAAAAUGCUAAUGGGCCGGCUCCAGUGACGGAGGAAGACACCCUUGAACUUAUUGAGGAAAGACAGAUCGAAGAACAUGUUGGCCAACGAAUUUCUCCCGCCAACGGAAAUGGUUCUAACAAGAGAGUGGGAGAUGACCUCUUUGGUUCAGCUGAGAAGCGUUCAAGGAUAGAUGAACCCGAGCAUGUGGCUGAAGAACCAAUCGAAGAAGAAUUGGAAGGAGACCAUCCAGUGGAAUACGGUCAAGAGCAAUCUGUUGAUUUGCAAUACGUUGAUGAUGUGUUUAUUCAAUUGCCCCAACAGCCUGAAGAGAAUGGUCAUGCACAUGAAGUUGAGGGCGUGGUCGAGCGUAAUGAAAAGCAAGUCGAACUCCUAAGCAAUCCAAUUGAUGGUCUGGCAGCUAUUGCGAGCGCACAGAAUAUUGCCGAGAAGGAUGAGCCUGCUGGAGAGAUGAAUGAUAUUCACGAUGAUGGUCUGCAACAAUUUGAAAUGGAAACGUUCUCUAACGAUCAAGUGAAGCAUAAGGAUAUCGAAAUGGUGAUCAUCGAAGAUAGUGACGAUGACAGUACGCAAGUUGAGGAGAAGGACGAAAGAGCUGUGUCAUCAACUACGUUGCCUCUAGCAAAAGAAUCAGAACACCGAGAAAAAGAAAGUUCGAGUAGUGAUGCUGUUCAGAUGCAAAGUGAAUCGGAAGAGCAUCCUAUUAUGGAGAUUGGUGUUUCGAAAGAGAAAGAUGUGGUAGUCGACCCGCCAAUCGGUAAUUCAACGGGAAACGCUACACCAGAAGUGAGUACGCAAAUUGGAGAGAAGGACGAAAGAGCUGUGUCACCAGCUACCUUGCCUGUAGCAAAAGAAUCAGAAUCCCGAGAGAAAGAAAGUUCGAGCAGUGAUGCUGUUCAGACGCAAAGCGACUCAGAAGAGCAUCCAAUCACGGAAAGUGAGGCUUCAAAAGAGAAAGAUGUGGUAAUCGAUCUGCCAAACGUCAAUUCAACAGGAAAACCAAUCGACGAAGAAAUGGAAGGAGACCAUCCAGUGGAACACGUUCAAGAGCAAUCUGAUGAUUUGCAAUACGUUAAUGAUGUGUCUGUUCAAUUGCCCCAACAGCCUGAAGAGAAUUACCAGGCAAGCGGAAUUGAGGGCGUUGGCGAGCGUAAUGAAGGGCAAGUCGAAUUCCCGAGCAAUCCGAUCGAUGGUCUGGCAGCGAAUGAGAUCGUACAGGAUGAAAUAAACGAAGUGCCGGUAGAUAAAGAUUUACCUGUGGACCACGGCGAGGAUGAGAAAGGGGAAAGUGCAAAAGAAGUAGCCACGGAAGAGUUGCCCAACCAUCAACAUAUUGGCGAGAAGGAUGAGCCUGCUGGAGAGAUAGAUGAUGUUCACGAUGACGGUCUGCAACAAUCCGAAAUGGAAGCGUUCUCUAACGAUCAAGUAAGGCAUAAGGAAAUCGAAGCGGUGGUCAUCGAGGAUAGUGACGACGAAAGUACGCAAAUUAGGGAGAAGGACGAAAGAGCUGUGUCAGCAGCUACGUUGCCUCUAGCAAAAGAAUCAGAACACCGAGAGAAAGAAAGUUCGAGUAGAGAUGCGGUUCAAAUGCAAAGCGACUCAGAAGAGCAUCCUAUUAUGGAGAUUGGUGCUUCGAAAGAGGAAGAUGUUGUAGUCGAUCCGCCAAACGUUGAAUCAACGGGAAACGCUACACCAGAAGUCAUUCAUACUGAGCCUGUGGCAUUAGCAAAUACAGUAUCAUUGAUGGCACAGCAAGAGGGUACUCCGACAAACGAGAGAUUAUAUCCCCACAUGUCAGAGCGGGAAGAGCAAGAAGUAUCUGUCGAAUUUGAAGGGUUGCAAAUCGAGCCAGAGGGAGCUUGUCUUUUCCGUGGUGCUGAUAGUGAAGACAUCAAUUACGAUACUGAAACGAGAGAGGCUGUUGGAGAGCAAGAUACAGGCCGAAAAGGAGACAUGAACGAGCUUGAAAGGAUUACUCCAAUGCAUUUAAUUGAUCCAGAUUCGCAAGUCAGAAACAAGCAAAAUUCCUUCAUUGAGACAGAGAAGGUCUUCAAUGGCAUGGAUCUGUUGGAAAGAGACGGAAUCGCUCACACGGAUCCCCACCAAAUCGUAGUCUCAACUGACAAGCAUCUUGCACCUGUUAGCCCUCCAGAGGAUGAAGAGAUGGACGAUGAUGAUGAAUCAGUAGUCUCUCUCAGUGAGAUGUACUACUUCUCUGAUUGA